GGCGGGGGGGGAACGGCGUCGCGUCACGUGAGGCGGGCGACAUGGCGGCUCCCGCGGAUGGCGCUGAUUUGGAGGCCUCGCUUCUGAGCUUCGAGAAGCUGGACCGCGCCUCCCCGGACCUGUGGCCAGAGCAGUUGCCUGGGGUUGCUGAAUUCGCCGCCUCCUUCAAAAGCCCUAUUACAAGUUCCCCUCCCAAGUGGAUGGCUGAAUUAGAAAAUGAUGAUAUUGACAUGUUAAAGGAGUUAGGGAGCCUCACUACUGCUAACCUGAUGGAAAAAGUUCGUGGCCUGCAGAACCUGGCUUAUCAGCUGGGACUGGAUGAAUCUAGAGAAAUGACUCGAGGGAAAUUCCUGAACAUCCUGGAAAAGCCCAAAAAGUAGCUGCUACAUCUGGAGUAUGGACAGAAAUACCCCAGCUAGAUCAUUUUACAUACUGCAGACCCAGAUGAAACCCAGAACUUCUAAGAAGUACAAAGCUCUUGCUCUAGACCUCCAGAAGCAGGCAUCACUUUUUGCUUCCACAGUUCAUUUCCUUAUAGAGGACAUGUAUGACAUACGCAUAUCCCAAGGACUGCAAUGGUUGUGUUGGAAUUUGGACUUCAUCUGACCCAAAGAUGUCCAACAGGAGGACUUAGCCCUUACAUGCUGUGGCAAAGUUACCUGUCCUAAUCAGCUAUUCGGAGGGAACAGCCAUAGUGUCCUUACUUGAUUGCUGUCAGUGGCAGCACCUGUUUGAAGUACACAGCAGACCUGACAGUGGCCUCAUGAGGCAUUGACCCUUUGAGCAUCUUUUCUUAGAUGCACUGAUUCCCUAUGUGCAACUUCUGUGAUGAAAGAUUUGAGCAUAGUUUGGGGUGUGGAUUGACCAAGAGCACUGGUUCAGCAGGAGCAUAUGCUUUUAGUGUAGAAGCUGAGUGCAGUCUGUGCAUUAAAGUUACUCACUGCCUUCAGGGAAGCGUGUCUGGUACUCUGAGGAGGCCCUCCAGAGCUUUGGUGUACCAGCAGCUUCAUCUCGCUGCCAAACAGUUCUCUAGUGAAAUUGAGACUGACAGACCAUAGGGUAUUACUGUGGCAUGAAAGAAAAUAUCCUUACAGAAAGUUCAGUGAGUACACAGCUUUGUCAACCCGCUGCCAUUCUCUGCUUCUUACAGAGCUAGAAACUGGAGUAAAUGAAAAGUUCAAAGGCAAUAACAUUUUCAGUUAGUGCUGCAGGAAGGACCAGCAGGACUGUUAGCCACAUUGCAAGGAUGGUCCGCUUAUACAGGAUCUGACCAUUUCUGAAAAUAACGUUUUGUGGUAUUUUUAAUCAAUUCUAAAACAGCAACCCCCACAUUUGCUUUCCCUACAAACCCAGAAUUUUUAAACAGAAUUUUCUGUGACGAGGUCUCUUUCAGCACACAGUUUUGGGGUUAUUAAUCUUAGUUUAAUGCAUUUUCCUUCUGUUAAAGCACUUAUGCAUGUUCCCCCCUGAGACAAGAGUGAAGGGACAUGGUCAGACUUUUUUUUUAUUUAAGAGAAAUUUUUUUUCAUUUCAUCCUCUUUCUUUGUCUUAGAAAACAACAUUUUAAGCAUUAGUAAAUACAUUCUUUUUAGGGCACAACAUAAUAUUGAAGCAUUGGAUGAAGAGCGGUGUUUUUUCUCUAUUUAGAGAUGUUAUUCUUACCAUGCAGGCUUUUUAAAACUUGUAAUUUUCCAGGCUGCAGUCACAGGUGAAAGGAGAAAUGACUUGGAAAUGGUACAUAUAGCAGUCUGCACUAAAGCACUGCAUUUUUCUGUCUUUGCAGAGAGGAGCGACUCUUCUCGGAUGUAUGUGCAAUAAAGAGCAGGAGAUUUUUUUAACCAAGUUCACCUCUCAGAAUUUGUACUAAAAUGCUGGUGGCCUUUUGGUUUGCAGUCUGUAAUCUUGGUUAUUAUUGGUCAGAACUAGGCUCAUUUUGGACAGCUCCUGUUAAUCUGAUACUAAGCAGUUAAAUCCCACAUCCCAGGAAGACCCUGCACAAAUCCUGAAUAUUUAGGAAUGUCAGGAGUAUGAUUUUAAUUCAGUGGAUUUAUUUCUCUGCUUCUCAGUUUAUGCAAGGCUGAGCUUAGCAGGAACUCCAUCUCUUGAGAACAGGAGAGUUAAGAGAGAUGAAUGUGAAGAGAAGCUCAAAGUGAUUAUUAAGAGUUGGGAAACCUGCUGGUGUUGCUGUAGCUUUAAGUAUUAAAUUAUAUCUUUUGAAUGAAACUUUGUUUGUAUACUAUAUGUAUAAUACAUAUACACAUACAUGACAUAAUGGAAUACUUCAUCUGCAUUACCAGUAUGAGUUUGUGCAUUUUAUAGAGGUUUGUUGGUCUAACACAAAGGGGUUGAGAUCCGAAAGGAGUAGGAAUUUAGGAGAAGAUAUGAAAGCCUGGCAUGGAAGUACAUGUAUAUAUUCUGAUAUGUUCAGUAAGGCAUUUUGAACUUUAGGUAGUUUUUAGUAACAUGCAGGUGUUUCUAAAAACAAAAAACCCCUUUUACCAUAUGAAAUACUUACCUUCUAUAGGGAAGCCAGUAACAUAUGCUUUAGCAUAGUGAUAUUUAUUGGCUUUGUACUUGUCAUCUGUAGAGAUGGGUGAGUGAUGUAUUUUUUUAUUGGUAAUAUUUAUGUAUUUUUGUUUGUUAGCCAGAGGAUUGUAAUUUGUCUGUUACUGCUUUGUGGUUUGAUAAUAAACAAAUACAAAGCUCAGAGAUUUGUCUGGGUUUCCAAAAUAGCCCUCUGAGAUGCAAAAGCUUUGGCUUAGCCACCUAGGCAAUACUGUUUCUCAAGCUCUUCACACUUCUGUAUGCCACUACCUAAAGGUUUGGCCUAUGGAUUCUCCUUUCCUAUCAGUAAAUUAAUGUUUGGCAAUAUCCAAAUGGUACUAAGGAUUUUCAUACCCUUUUGAAUCCUGUUUUUUGCCUUAUCUCAUGUCCUUCCUGACAUCCCUGCAGUAUCUAUCUAUUCAAGAAAAUCUGUGACUUCUUGUUCCUGAUGACCUUCUGUAUUUUGAAACAACAACAACAAAAAAGUUUUGAUAAAUGGUGAAAAUGAAGAGUAUAAGAAAAUCAAGAUUUGGUAAUGUUGAUCAAGCUAAUGCAUUGCUUUAUUUUUCAUGUGUUGGCAUGGUAAAUGUUACUGUGAAGUUCUUGGAAAUAAACACAAUAUGUAUUUAGUUCCUUUUAAA